AUGGCUUUUUCAGAAUGGAGACUAAUUUCAAGUGAUUUUUAUUAAGAAUAGAUAGACACAACUUCAAAUUGGGAAACUUUAAAAAGUUGCACAAAUGAUUUGACAAAUACACAUUCUAUAAAUUAGUGUCAGACUAAUAGACUAGAUUUUAUAAGACUAAGGGAAGAUGCAGAAAGAAUAAAAAAAGAAUUUAAUUAUCCACACUUUUAACUUAGAAUAAUAACAGAUGUUAUAUAUAUUCGCUCAAAAUAUGGAGAGGAAUCCCAUUUUAAUAUAUAAAUAAAAGAUUCCACUCAGGUAACUAAGUUAUUUACUAGAUAAUAUCAAGAGUCUUCGUUAUAAGAAUAUGACAAUGUGUGUAGGUAAAGAUGUAGUGGAAAUUGUGGUUCUUUAAAUGAGGAUAAGAUUGAAAUCAUGACUCAUAUUAUCAAUGCAAUAGAUCAUAAUAACCCUCUCUUUAAUAUUUAAUAUUGUUUUUAACCUUAAAAUCAAUAUAUGCAUAUAGGUUUAAGAAACAUUUUAAUUUAUGUAAAUUCAUGCCAUAUUUCAUGUGCAUCAUGUAGUGGAAACACAAAAAAUGAUUUUUUGACAUGUUAUUAUGGAUCUCAAGAAGGAGGUAGUUGUUAAUGUGAAGAGUCUAAUAAAUAUAUCCAUUUAUUAAAAGGUUGUGUAUUUGAAUGUCCAAGAGAUUACUAUUUAGCAGAUGAAUCUAAUUAUUGUUAAUUUGACAAACGUAUUUUAUAAAUAUUUGAAUUAGGAAUUAAAUCGAAGUUCAUAUACUUUCCUCAUUCAUAAAUAGAUAAUGCAAAUUUGAUACCUUAUGAUCCAUGGAUUUAUGUUCCAGAUCCAUUUCAUAUCAAUAAUUCUAACAAAAUAUUCUCAUGUUAAGGAGAAGAUUAAGUUGGAAAAUUUAGUUAUUAUGAAUCGAUGAAAUUGAGAUUACCAUAACAUGAAGGAUUAAAUUAUUUAAGAAUCAGAGUAUCUUUUUACUUUUUUGGUUGGCAAACUGAUUCUGUGUUAAGUGUCAUAGUAGAUAAAUAUUCUCAAAUGAGAAUAGAGAAGACUCUGAAUAAUUAUACUGUAUAUAAUGGAAGAUUAAAUAAAUUUGAAAGUUCAAGUUGCUCAGGUGAGGAAUAUGAUUAUUUAAGAAUUGAAACUGUUUUAAAAACUUAUACAACAACUCCAGUUAUAUAAUUUUAGGCAAUUCAAAAAUAAUAUAAUGAAUAUUGGAGUUUUAAAAAUGUGACUAUUGAUUAUGGAUUAUGUUAAAGUAAUUGUACAAAAUGUAAAUCCUUUAGUAAAUGUUUAAUAUGUGAAUCAAAUUAUAAAUUAUAUAGGGGAUCUUGUGUUUUAUAAUGUCCUAUGUAUUCGUAGGUGAAUAAUGAUGAAUGUAUAGAUUAUGAGGAUCUAAUUGAUAGUAAAAAUAUAUGAUAAAUAUUUAGAUAGUAGAUACUUAAUAAAAGCAUUUUAUGAUAUGAACACUACAUUUGAGGAAGUGUCUAAGGUUGUUGAUAAUUUCACAGAUUUAAAUGACAUUAUUUAAUAAUCAUUUACAGGAGCAUUUUAUUCUUUUGUUCCUGAAAAAUCAGUUUUAGGAGGAGUUUUAGUAUGGAGUAAAGGAAAAUUUAAAAAAACAUUUACAUCUUUAAAACCACAUUAUAAAGUGAGUAUAAGAAUGAAUAUUACAUAUGGAGAUAAUAAUAAUGGUUGGUUUUAAUUGAAAUUAGAUUCAUAAGAAUAAAAUAAAAUUUAUAAUCCAAAGACAGGCACUAAAAAUUUAGUAGGAGAUUAGAAAGAUGAGACUACUAUUUUAAUAGAUACCCAUUUACUUCAUAGUUCUGAUCAAUUAGAUAUUGUAUUAUCAGCUAAUACUAAUGAACCUUAACUUGAUGAAGCAUUUAUAUAUAUUUCAGAAUAUUUUGUUGUAGUUCAUUAUGUAUGAGAUUAUGAUUAUAAUUAGUGUGUACCUUUUUGUACUUCAUGCACAGGACCAUUAAUAGAUGAUUGUACAUCUUCAUAUUCUGGAUAGAAUUCUAUAAAUUAUUGUUCUAUUAAUGAAUAUCUUGAAUUUAAUAGUGAUACAUAAAUAUACAUUUGCAAAUAAUGUAAUCAAUUAGGAUGUAUUGAAUGUUAAAGUGCAUCUGUUUGUAAAAGAUGCGAAUUUUCAGAUUAAAAAUAAUUCUAUUUAGAUUAAGGAGAAUGUAUAUGUUAUCCAUCAGCAUAUUUAUAAAGUAAUGAAUGUAUAAGUAAUUAUUUAUUAAUUAUAUAUUUAAGAAUGUAAUCGAUAUUGUGAAAGUUGUUUUUGAUCUAAUUAAGAUUAAUGUUAUACUUGUAAUUCAGAUUUUCAUAGAUCAGUUAAUAAUUAUUAAUGUUAAUGUGUAAUUGGAUAUUAUGAUGAUGGUUAUAAUUUAGAGUGUUUGCCAUUAUGUGGAGAUGAAUUAAUUGUAGAAGGGGAAGAUUGUGAUGAUGGUAAGAAUAAUCCAUUUGAUGGAUGUGAUCAUUGUAGAUUCAAAUGUCAGGAUGAAUGUUUAAAUUGCCAUUAAGGUAAAUGUUAUUAAUGUAAAGAUGGAUAUACUUAUGAUCAAACUACUUAUAAAUGUUUAACAACAUGUGGAGAUAAGAUUAUUUAAGGAAAUGAAUAAUGUGAUGAUGGAAAUGAUAAUAUUUAAGAUGGAUGUCAUUAUUGUAAAUUGAUUUGUGAUAUUAAUUGUAUCAAUUGUAUUAAUGGUAAUUGUUUGAAAUGUGAUGAAAUAAAUGGAUGGUAUUUAAAUAAUUUUAAUCAUUGUUAAUAUAUUUGUGGAGAUGGAAUAAUUACUAAAUAGUAUAAGUAAUGUGAUGAUAGUAACUAAUAUCCAUUUGAUCUAUGUGAUAAUUGUAAUUUAUCAUGUUCAGAUCAUUGUAUUAGUUGUGAAAAUGGAAUAUGUUAAAAUUGUGAAACAGGAUUUAUAUAUCAUAAUUAAAUAAAAAAGUGUUUAUCAAUUUGUGGUGAUUCUAUAAUUGUAGGUAAUGAAUAAUGUGAAGAUUCAUCUUCAGAUAUUAUGAAUUCAUGUUAAUAUUGUAAUUUUAAAUGUAAUAGUAAAUGUUUGCUUUGUGAUUUUAAUGAAUGUCUAUAAUGUGAAUUAGGUUAUUAUCUUAGAAAUAAUAUGUGUGAAGAAAGUUGUGGAGAUGGAUUGAUAGUAAGUAAUGAAUAAUGUGAUGAUUUAAUAUAAUCUAUUGAUUCAAAUUGUUUAAGUUGUAGAUAUAAUUGUGGAUAUGGAUGUAUAAUCUGUACUAAUGGUAUAUGUGAACUUUGUGAAUUUGGAUAUAUUAGAGAAUAAUAUCGAUGCAAACCUAUUUGUGGUGAUUAAAUUAUUGUAUAUCCUGAAGUUUGUGAUGAUGCUAAUUUAGAACCAUAUGAUGGAUGUCAUUUCUGUUAAUAUUCCUGUAUUCCAUAAUGUUUAAAAUGUAUAUUAGGAGUAUGUAGUGAAAUGCAAUAAUUAAUUAUUGAUGAAUAAUAUUAAGUUGAUAAUAAAUAUAAUUGUUCUGAUUAUUGUACCUAAUGUUAGGAUCAAAAUAUAUGUCUUAUGUGUGAACAAUAUUUUUAAUUAAGUAAUUCCUUUUGUAUUCCUAUUUGUGGUGAUGGAAUUAUCAUACCUGGCCUUGAAUAAUGUGAAGAUGGUAAUGAUAUACCUUUUGAUGGUUGUUAUUAAUGCUAAUAUUAAUGUUCUUAUGGUUGUAUUGAAUGUGAAUAAUUUAAUUAAUGUAUUAAAUGUGAUGAUGAUUAAUUUAUAUUGGAUAUUUAAACUAAUAAAUGUCUUAUUAAUCAUAAAUUAAAUAAUAUAAUUGAAACUGAUAAUUCAAUUUUAUUUAUUGAUUAAAUAACAUAAAUUAGAUGUAAUGUAAAUUAAAUUCUAAUUGAUAAUAUUUGUAUUAAUUAAUGUGGUAAUGGUAUUUUAAAUACUGAAUAUGAGAUAUGUGA